AUGCCUUCUCUGUUGAACAACACUAGCGGUUCUGGACUGCAACGAACAUCAUCCGCCAACGACCGUCGAUACGCCGACAUCAAGAUGGUCAACCUUCGCACCCAGAAGCGCCUCGCGGCCUCCGUGGUCGGCUGCGGCAAGCGCAAGAUUUGGCUCGACCCCAAUGAGAUGACCGAGAUCUCCAACGCCAACUCUCGUCAGACCAUCCGCAAGCUCGUCAGCGAUGGCCUCAUCAUCAAGAAGCCCGUCACCAUGCACUCCCGCGCCCGCGCCCGUGAACUGAACGAGGCCCGCCGCAUCGGUCGUCACCGCGGUCUGGGUAAGCGCAAGGGUACCAAGGACGCCCGUAUGCCCAGCCAGGUCCUCUGGAUGCGCCGCAUGCGUGUCCUCCGUCGUCUGCUCGUCCGCUACCGUGCCGCUGGCAAGAUCGACAAGCACCUCUACCACGAGCUCUACCACCUGAGCAAGGGUAACACCUUCAAGCACAAGCGUGCUCUGGUUGAGCACAUCCAGAAGGCUAAGGCUGAGCGCCAACGUGAGCGUGUCCUCAAGGAGGAGAUGGAUGCUAAGCGUGCCAAGAACAAGGCUCUCCGUGAGCGCCGCGCUGAGCGUGUCGAGGCCAAGCGCAACGCUCUGGCCGCCGAGGCCCAGGAGUAA